CAGCAAGUUAAUCAAAAUGUAUGUUGAACUAGUCCUUGGACGAAAUUCUCAUUUUAUGUGCUAUACAACAUCUAUUAUAAAAAUCUACAAUGAAAUACAGGUGACGUAUAUUUCAAUUAGGCUGUAGUAGGUUCGUAAGUUAGAAGAGUGAUCAUGGUUCUACGUGGGAAGUUGAGAUGUGGCUUGGUUGCAUGUUCGAAGUUGGUCGUUUUGUGUUCGAAGUUGCCAGUGUAACGUCAGUUUGCAAGGUUUAUGGUGUAGAUACUAAAGUGUCGUAUAAGGUGUUUUUUAUGUGGAUAUUCUUAAGCAUUAUGGCUGGGUUCCUAUUAGUGUCAUUGUUGUAUUUACACAUCUUUCUCGAGAAUCCCAUCAUUUAUCACAAAAGAUAUUAUUGUUAUAAAGUAUUUGUGCAAACGACGCUGUACAACAUGAUAGCCACAGUUUUCAUGUAUUUGUGUUGGUUGUGGCAUAUUGGUUUUCUCUCGGAUGUGUACGAAAUAUGCAACUGUAAGGUCGCGAUUUAAAUGAAAGCACAUUAAAGUUGUAGAGAAGGUAACGAGAGAUUUGGUAUUUCCAAUGAGGUAAGGAUAUCGUAAGUGGAUAGAAUUUUGUUUGGGGUUUAUAUGUAAUAGGAAUACCUCUAUGCAUUUUCUGAAUGUGAUGGUUGUA